CGACAUAACCCCAGGUGGACGUCGAGGCGCCCUUCACAGUCCACACCUCACCUCCCUGUUUUCCAGCGAUGCUGCAGACACUUCUCUGCUGGUCGAUGGGAUUCCUCCCCAAGGCGCGAUUCCUGAACGGAUUGUAUGAGUCUUAACAGGAUAAAGAAACUCUUCCCAGUGCCCUUUCUUUACUGUUGUCCUACCGGAGAUCUACACGGAGGGCUGAUAUGUGAAACCUCUUGGGCACUGAGGGAAUUACAAGCUCCUUCUGGGAGGAAAAGGAAGAAUUUUCGCAAUUGGAUGCGAAGGACGAUUGAUUUUCCAGCUGCUCCUUAGGGCCACAGAGAGUGAGAUCUAUACUAGUUGUUUGGGAGAUGAGCGAGGAGCGAGGAGAUCCGGUCGUCAAGGGGGAGGGGAAGAACAACAACGGGCAUGCUGUUUUGGUUGCCGACGACGACAGCAAUGCCAACGACAUCCCAGCUGAGGGUGGUGGCGAUGGUGCUACAGUGGACGCGGGCACCCUGUCCAUCCUGACCACAGACACGGGACCCCAAGACAAAGUGGUGAUCUGGGGCACGGAGUCCCAGUGCGAUGACCCUGAGCUGGCCGAGUUUGAGAUGUUGGAGUGCCAGGAGCUAGAGGCCUUCCUGGUGGAGGAUGGAGAGGACUUUCAGGGGCUCACCGAGCAGAAAAGCCGUCCCUUGGUGGAGACAAAACUCGGUGACACUGAGCACAAAGCAGAGAGAAGGUCGGGAGGACAUGGACCCAAGGAGCAUGGAGCCAAUACUUCCGGUCCUGACAUGGCUGAAUGCUUCACCAGGACAGAUUUGAGCUCCGAAAAUGAGUUGUUUGUUUCUUGUAUGUCAAGUCUGGGCGGGAGCUUGGCCAGUGCUCUGGACACCUCGGGCCGAACGACUGGGCCUUACCGAACCUUCUCAGAAGACCUCACCCUGUCAUCCAGCGCUAUCUCCGACAGAGUCAAGGUCCCCCCCCUCAAACCCAACCGCCACGCCUCCACCCCCAUGAUAAGCACAACGCUCAACAGGAGAGACGUGAACAUGAACCGCAACUCAACCUCAGUCCUGUCCGAGGACCUCAUUCUAGAAGCACAACAGAUAAACAACAAAGUUCCUCCAGGCAAACAGCACAACCCAGGUACGGAAGAGCACAGAGGCAACCUCAACCUGAGACAUCGAGGAGACAAGAACCAUGAUGGCUUCAAUGGACUGGCCGACCAGCACGAGGUCAACAACAAGAAGAAAGACCAGAGCACCCAGGCAGACGAGGUCCCCGAUAUGAAUGAUAAUCCUCAGUAUUCCAUAGAACCAGUGAGUAAGCAAGCCUUGUUUGACAAAUCAGUCAACAAGCAAAAGUCUUUUGACAGAACAUUAAACAAACAGCCGUCCUUCGAGAGCACUUUGAAGAAGCAAGGCUCGUUUGAUAACUCCUUUAAAAAGCAGGGGUCCUUCGAGAACAGCCAUGCAUUCAGUCUGGAGAGGAGAAAGCCAUGGGGAAGCCCUAGUCGACCGGUCUCUCCCAUCCCUUCCAAGAUCACCAGCUCCCCCAAGAGGAAAGAUCCUGGUUCUCCCGCCAAGGUAGGAAGAACCAGGGCACCCAGCCAGGAGCGAAGUGAAUCCCCUCUCAGGUCCACCACCUCGGUCAAACCCCCCGCCAAGGCGGGCCUCAACAGUGGUAUACCCAAACCCAUUGCCAACCCUCCACAGAAGGAGUCUGACCACAGGAUGUCCUCACCCCCUAAGAAACCCCAAACCAUCCGGCCGAAAAUCAUCACCUAUGUUCGGAAGAGUCCUCCGACCAAGCCAGAAGGGACAGAUGUGCCAAGUGAAGUUUCCGCCCAUCCUUCUCCUUCUGUUGGUGGGAAAGAGCAUAUCCAGGGGAAGGGUGCAGCAGUCCUCUGCUCCUCCAACCAGCUCUUUGAUAAGUACCGGCAGGAGAUGCAGAGGGCUGGACACUGUCCAGCGGGUCCGGGGGAGACUUCGAGCGGGAGGCCUUCUUCUUCUCCUCAUAAAGGGAGCAGGAAGCAAGAGAACUUCCACAGUGAGCCGUCUAACAAAUAUCUCCAAGAGCACCCUGCUGAAACAGGAGGUAUGUUUCGCUCUCCGAGAACCAUGAAGCCUCAAUUAGGGAUUGGCGCUGUCGCCAGGCAACAGCCCGCCAAAACUAAAGCUCCAUUCAAGGUCCAAAGGCCAGCAGGGGGCCCCGGUCACGAGGACCCUUCAGGAGAGACCAGAAAGCCAGGCCACACCCAUGAGUCUCUAGCCACACCCACCGGUCCCCUGCUGAGGGCGGGGCAGUCGGGGCUCCGCCCCCCGGGAUAUUCUGCCCUACCACCCGCUCGCCGGGCCUCCUUCGGAUUCGCCCGCAGUGGCAGCCCCUCGUCCGUUAGCAGCAACCAAUCAGGAGCCAGCGACCUCUGUCAACCUCAUCAACACCCGAGCAGAGGGGGAGAUGAGGCGUCUCUGCACAGGGUCACAGCACCCCCUAGUGGCCCCCGGGAGAACAGCCCCCAUCCUCAUAGCUCCUCCCCCAGCCCUGGCUCCACCCCCGCUCUCCAGCGACGCACUGCUACCCCUCCCCGAGGCUCCCCAGCUCGAGGGUCCCCACAAGCGUCCAGGAAGGAGCUCCAUAGCUCCCCAGCCACCCCUAAACACCUCGCAAUGGUUUCUCCCAAACCACAGUCCCCUGCCCGAGGGCAGUCGCCCGCGGCGGGCCACGCUGGCCCCCGGGACGAGGGCGUUCGGGAGAGCGAGCGGGCGCUGGUGCAACAGCUCCGCAGCCUGUGCCAGGACCAGGCCCAGCAGGUCCAGUACCUCCAGGCCCAGCUCAGGAAGGCGUCGCUCGGCCUGGAGGUCUUCGCCAUCACCACCCAGCACUUCUGCCAGAAGAGUGAAAGUGCCAUAGAGAAGCAGAGGGAGCUGUCACUGGAGCUCGCUAAGAUCAGGGAUGAAGUGGCGGUUAGCGUGGCGCGCUGGGAGCACCUGCAGCGGGACAAGGAGGAGUUGGAACGGCGCUUCCGUAGCGAGCUGCGCGGGCUGCGUUCCCGCCAGCAGGGGGAGCUGGUGGCCCUGGAGGAGCGACUGAGGGCCCGACACGCAGAGGAGAGCCUCCGCCUGCGGGAGGAGCAGCAGCAGGAGAUGGAGGAGCUACGCGCCUCCCAGGAGGAGCAGAUCGACGACAUGAGCGAGAGCCACGAGGCGUCCCUGAUGGAGAUGGAGAAGACCCACAACGACACCCUAGUCACCCUGAGAGAGGAGAACACUAGGACGGUCAAAAACCUGAAGAUGGCCCACGAGCAGCAGAGGAAGUCCCUAGAGGAAGACUUUGAGAAGCUUCGUCUGUCGUUGCAGGACCAGGUGGACACACUGACCUUCCAGAACCGCAGCCUGCGGGACCGGGCCAAACGCUUCGAGGAGGCCCUGCGACGGAGCACCGAUGAGCAGAUAGUGGAGGCCCUGGCUCCCUACCAGCACAUCGAGGAGGACCUGAAGAGCCUAAAGGAGGUGCUGGAGAUGAAGAAUCAGCAAAUCCACCAGCAGGAGGUGAAGAUCUCUGAGCUGGAGAUAAUGCAGGCUGAAAAGAACGUGUACCUGGAGGAGAGAGUGCAGGUGUUACAGCAGCAGAACGAAGAUCUCAAGGCCAGGAUCGACAAGAACGUUGCCACGUCCAGGCAACUCUCAGCGGAGAAUGCCAACCUGCAGGUGCAUGUGGAGCAGGAGAGCAAGGAGAAGAAGCGCUUGAGUCGCAAUAACGAGGAGCUCCUGUGGCGCCUACAGACGGGGGAGCUCAGCCCCCACAUGUCCCCGAGCUCCUCCCCCAUCCACCAGACCUUCUCCAACCCCGGCUCGCCGGCACGCCCGCACUCCUACCACCAAUAGGACGCCCCGUCAGGGAAUACGCGGUGAACGAUUUGGUGCACAAUCUACCAAUGUGGUUUGUUUGUGCACACACUGACAGAACAUGUAGGAUUUGGUUGAAGAUAACCGAUUGAUAUCGAAACCAAAACUGAGGCAAGGGCAGACAUUAAGGUGCACGUCCUAAGGCAGCGUCUAUGAAUGGAUUGAGAUGCUUCGUAUAGCGCUCUGUUGAAGGUUCCCCUCCGUUCACAGGGUGCGGUAUUGUGGAUGAAAUGACAUUACUGAAACUGAAAUAACUCUAAAGUAUUAAACUCUCCAUCUUUUACAGUCUGUGGGGACAGUGUAUGUCCAUUUUACCUUGUGACACAUUUCAAACCUCAUAGCCCAGGGAUUUCUAGCUCUGAGUUGAGUAGCGAUGCUUUGGAUCGAAUGUGUGACUCUAUCCUACAUUGUCUUAACCUCCAUGCAGUACACUGAACUGUACCUCCAUGCGGUACUUAGCACUGUAUCUCCAUGCGGUACGUCAAACUGUGCCUCAAUGCGGUACGCUGAACUGUACCUCAAUGCGGAUACAAAAUACCUGAGUAUCAAAGACACAAUAUCAAAUACCUGGAUAUCAAAUACCGGAGUAUCAAAGGCAUGAACAUCCAAGGCAAAUCUCAGUCCAACAAAAUCAGAAUAUCAAAGACCUUAGAAUUGAAUAUCUGAGUCGAAGACCUGUAUAUCAAAUCAGUAUUCAAUCAGUAUUCAAAUCCAGAUGAGCAAUGACCUGGGUAUCAAGAAAAUGAGUAUUAAAAUCAAUGGUCAAAGACAAGAAUAUCAAAGACCAAAGUAUUAAAGACCCGAGUAUCAAUCCCAGACCAGGAACCACAACUUCAGGGGAAUUAAAAAUGUCCUCGCUCACCGUGCCUCAUAUCCACAUGUUUCUCCACCAUCACCACCCAGGGAUCUAGACAAGCAUCUGAAUGUCCAUCAAGAACACAGAGAAACGCCUCAUCUUUUUUCCCGCCAUUUCCUCCCACCAGCAGCGCAUCCCCUCGAGGCGACAAUGGGCGGUGGGCCUCCCAUUGAACCAAACGGCUACGUAAUACUACUACUAUCCAAGUGCAGUCAGUAAUGAAACAAUUUAACAGAACUUGAACAGAACCUACAGGACGUGAAGAAUACUGUUAUGAGCUCUUUUCAGAGUUUGAUUUGGUUUCUUGUAGGAAUAACCGUUUUAUUAGCGAGCCGGCAGCUUCUUGAUCAGCCAAUGGACCCCUUUUUCUACUUCCUGUUUCCCCUCAAGAAGCGACGCAAUUUGCCUGGCCCAAUAGUUAGAUCUUAAGACAAUUAGGUCAAUGCAAUGCAAUACUAGUAUUACCGUUUAUAAUUUCAAGUGUACGAACUGGACACAUAUUUCAAAAUGUUCCUCUCCGUCUGUAAAAGCAUGCGCUGUCUUACGGCCCGACUUUAACUGGUGCAUUUUUGGGGACUGAUUUUGUCAACUUUACAGCAUGUGGGAAUGGGGUACGUAGAGCAAUUUAACUCACCCAGGACGUUCCUUUAUAUGUUUCAACUGACAUUCCAUGGAAAGCUUAGGAAAAUAACAUUUGAAGACCCCAUUACCGAUUUGAUUACUCCUUCAAUUGUACCUGGCCGUCGUUUGUGCGAUUGGCUGGAGUGGUUGCUGUUUGUAUAAUCGUCUUUUUCUUCUUUUUUUUCUUAUCAAUGUGUGACUGAGAGGAUAUGAACUUCCACGUCACCACCCUGGAUUUAAAAGUUCUCUCAGUUUCCGUCGUCAUACCAUUUGACAUUUUAAAAAAAACCUCUGGAAAUAACGGCAAGGAGAUGUAAA